AUGCAAGUCCUCCUCCUCGGCGGCCACGGCAAAAUCGCCCAGAAACUGACCCCUCUUCUGCUCGCCCGCGCCUGGAACGUCACCAGCGUCAUCCGCAACCCAGAGCACGAGAGCGAGCUCGCCGCCCUCGCCAAAGGCGCCAAGGGCAAACUCAACGUGAUAGUCUCCAGCCUCGACGACGUGAAAUCCGACGCCGACGCCAAGGCGAUCAUCGACACCGUCGCUCCGGAUUGUGUGGUUUGGUCUGCUGGAGCCGGGGGCAAAGGCGGGCCCGAACGCACCUUCGCCAUCGACGAGCGCGCCGCAAAGCACUUCAUCGCGGCGGCGUUCGCGACGCCGCGCGUCUCCAGGUUCCUGCUUAUCUCGUGGCUGGGGAGUCGGCGGGAGCACCCGAGCUGGAUGUCGGAUGGCGACUGGGCGGCGGUGCGGAAUGUGUUUGAGCGCGUGCUGCCGACGUAUGCGCAGGCGAAGCUCGAGGCGGAUGAGUACCUGACUGCGGUGGCGGCGCGGCGGAAGCACGAGGCCGAGGCGGAGGCGGGGGCGGGGCGGGUGCAGGCGAUUUGUCUGCGGCCGGGGACGCUGACGGAUGAGCCGGCGACGGGGAAGGUGGAGUUGGGGAAGACGCGGGGGCAGGGGAGUGUGACGAGGGAGGAUGUGGCGCGCGUGGCGGAUCAGUUGCUUGCGCGGGAGGAUACGGAUGGCUGGUAUGAUUUGUUGAACGGAGAGGAGCCGAUUGAGCAGGCUGUGGAGCGGGUGGCUAGGGAGAAGGUGGAUGCGGUUGAGGGCGAGGAUGUGGGUGCUAUGGUGAAGCGGUUCUUCCCAUAA